GGGCGUUGCCAAGGAGGGGCCACGAGGAGGGGCUCCCUUCCGGGAGGAGGGCAACUGCUAACCCGGAAGCGGUCGGCAGUGCGGCGCUGUUUAAAGAUGGCGGCGGAGGAACCUCAGCAGCAGAAGCAGGAGUCGCUCGGCAGCGACUCCGAAGGUGUUAACUGUCUUGCUUAUGAUGAAGCCAUCAUGGCUCAGCAGGACCGAAUUCAGCAAGAGAUUGCUGUGCAGAACCCUCUGGUCUCGGAGCGGCUGGAACUUUCGGUCCUGUACAAGGAAUAUGCUGAGGAUGACAACAUCUAUCAACAGAAGAUCAAGGAUCUCCACAAAAAGUACUCCUACAUCCGCAAGACCAGGCCUGAUGGAAACUGCUUCUACCGAGCUUUCGGAUUCUCGCACUUGGAGGCGCUGCUAGACGACAGCAAGGAAUUGCAGCGGUUUAAGGCGGUGUCUGCCAAGAGCAAAGAAGACCUGGUGUCCCAGGGCUUCACUGAGUUCACAAUCGAGGAUUUCCACAACACGUUCAUGGACCUGAUCGAGCAGGUGGAGAAGCAGACCUCCGUGGCCGACCUGCUGGCCUCCUUCAACGACCAGAGCACGUCAGACUACCUGGUGGUGUACUUGCGGCUGCUCACGUCUGGCUACCUGCAGCGGGAGAGCAAGUUCUUCGAGCACUUCAUCGAGGGCGGGCGGACGGUUAAGGAGUUCUGCCAGCAGGAGGUGGAGCCCAUGUGCAAGGAGAGCGACCACAUCCACAUCAUCGCGCUGGCGCAGGCCCUCAGCGUCUCCAUCCAGGUGGAGUACAUGGACCGCGGCGAGGGCGGCACCACCAACCCGCACAUCUUCCCCGAGGGCUCUGAGCCCAAGGUGUACCUCCUCUACCGGCCAGGACACUACGAUAUCCUCUACAAAUAGGGCCGGCCCCGGCGUGCCACGGCCCUGCCUGCCCUCCCCUCUGCCAGGCACUAGACAUGUACAGAGGUCUUCUGUGGUUGUAAAUGGUCAUAUUUCACUCCCCCCUCCCCCCGCCCCAUCACGCAACCUUCCACGUUUUAUUAAAGGGGAUGCUGGUGGUGAGCCGCGUGUGUGCGUGUCCCUGCUCUGCUGCUGCCUGCCUGGCCGCUGUGUUUCUGGCUGUCCCCCUGCCGCCCCCUGUCCACACCCGAGCCCCCCCACCAGGAGCAGUUUUGAGGGGCCUAGGCCUCUUGGGGACCCCUCCUGGUUACCUGCUUCCUUCCCUUCAGGCACCCAGGCCUCCCUUCCUCUCCUUAGCUGGCUCAGGGGCUUCCACGAGAAUCUGGGAGGUUCUUUGGGGCCUUGCCCAGGGACCUAGGAUUUGGGCUAGCCCAAGCUUCAGGCUGCUCCCUCCUAGGCCCUGACUCCACCAAGCUGUCCUGCUCAGGGCCGCCCUCCCCUCAGGACAGGUUGUGAGGGUUGGGCACCCCCAUGGACCCCGCAAAUGGUACCCACCUGGCUGGGGAGGGGCAGCCUUCAAGCCGGCGCUUGGUCCGUGGUCCUGAGGUCGAGGCAGGGCUUUGCCAGGCGCCGUUCCUCCCCACCUCUCCCCCUGCCUGUGCCUGCUUUGCACCCCCUUUGCUUGGGCCACAGUGUCUCUGCAUCGCCUGCCUUUUUGCCUUUACCUCUCUCUUCCUCCAGCCCAGCACAUGUGGGCUCUUGGCCCCCAGGCUGUGAGCUCCUCGGGGGCAGGCCCUCAAUAAAUGUCAAGUGCUGCCGCCCA